GUUAAUAUGAAACAGCAGUGACUUUCAACACAAAAUAAGACGGUAAUCUAGCUAACUAACGCUGCUAGUGCGAGCAAAUGUCACUUCUUGAUACUUUUGAUGGUGGUCGGAACUUUAACUUUUGACUUGUUGGAUGCUAAGUUAGCCGCUAAACCUAACAAAGCAGUACACAAAAUGGGCACACAUCUUGUUCACACAAACAUAAACCCGGCUGAAUUUAACCAACGUAACACAACCACUUCUUACAUGACUGCUCCGCACUUUGAGGAACCCUGAUUUAUUAAUUUAAAAGUACCCAGGCAACUGCUUUGGUCCUGCCAACUGCCCACAACAAGGAAGAAAUGCUGGCUUUGUCACAGGGGAAACGGCCGUACAGCAGAGCCGCAACUGCCGAUUUUAAGCAACUAAAAGGUUGUGGCCAGUUUAUAGAUGACAGCCGUAAACAAGCUGCAGGGAAGCUCGAGUAGUGUGGUGAGAGCUAAAACGGUUCAGCGCGGUAAAGAGUGAAAUAGAAGAGCUCAAAGUGAGUGUCAGUAUACAAAUGGUGAGGGGUAGAGCUGUGGCCCAUUGUGGGCUGGUUCUGCUAAGUUUGUGGCUGUGUAUCCAGUCAGUGCCUAUUAGUGUGGACAAGACCAAAGAAAAGCCUAAAAAGGAGGAAUUGGAGCCGCCACAGAGUGCUGAAACUGGGCUGCACUACGACCGCUACCUCAGGGAAGUCAUUGAGUUCCUCGAGAAAGACCCCCACUUUAAAGAAAAGCUUAAAAAUGCCAACAUGGAUGACAUCAAGCAAGGCAAACUUUCCAAAGAGCUGGACUUUGUCCACCACAAUUUUCGGACUAAGCUGGACGAGCUGAAGAGGGAGGAGAUGAACAGGUUGCGGAUGCUCAUCAAAGCCAAACAUGACAUUGAGGGGGGGAAUGGCCGGACAGUGGACCACCAGACCCUGCUGAAACAAUUUGAGCACCUCAACCACAUGAACCCAGACACUUUCGAGGUGGAGGACCUGGACCGCCUCAUCAAAUCGGCGACCACAGACCUGGAGAACUUUGACAAGGACCGCCACGAUGAGUUCAAGAGGUAUGAGAUGAUGAAGGAGCAUGAGAGGAGGGAACGUCUGAAGGCUAUGAAUGAGGAGGACCGCAAGAAGGAGGAGGAGCUCUAUGAGGAGAUGAAAAAGAAACAUAACAACCAUCCAAAAAUUAACCACCCUGGCAGUGAAGACCAGCUGAAGGAGGUGUGGCAUGAGGCAGAUGGUUUGGACCCAGAAGACUUUGAUCCCAAGACCUUCUUCAAAAUGCACGACAGCAAUGGAGAUGGAUUCUUUGAUGAGAGCGAGCUUGAAGCUCUCUUCACUAAAGAGCUGGAGAAGGUGUACAAUCCCGAAAAUGAAGAAGACGACAUGGUUGAGAUGGAGGAAGAGAGACUGCGAAUGAGGGAGCACGUUAUGAAAGAGGUGGACACCAAUAAAGACAGACUUGUGUCACUAAGCGAGUUCAUGGCAGCCACGACGAAGGAGGAGUUCUUGGAAAAAGAUGAGUGGGAGACUUUGAAUCAAAACCCCCUAUACACCGAGGAAGAGCUGAGGGAGUAUGAACAGCAACUGGCCAACGAGGGGGAUGACAUCAAUAGGAAAUCGGCCGAGCUGCAGAAACAGAGAGAGGAUCUCGAAAGGAAAGAGCAAGAACUUAAUGCUCAGAAGUUGGGGCUACAGCAGGCAGUAGAAGAAAUGGAAAGGUUAAAAGCCCAAAGCUCAAAGGCUGAGGUCAUCCAGCCCGGAGCUCCUGUAACUGAAGGUGAACCUGCACCAAUUGUACCAGGAAACAGUAAACCACUGCCCCCUGGUCACCAGCAGCAAGAUGUACCAGUGCCAAGACACUCUUAGCAGGCCUCCGUACUCUGUGUGGGCUGUAUGUGUGCCAGUGAGCGUGCGUGUGUGUGUUUGCCUUGUAAUGAUUCCAAUUUCCCAUUUUUGUUUAGGAUUUAAAAAAAAAAAAAAGCCUGAAAUGUUAAGAGCACAUAAGAUAUAAGAACUCAGAUUUAGUGCCAGUGCCCAUAAUGCCCAAUUUCGCUGCAUAAAUCAGACUUGAAAUGUGGAGCGGGUCCAGAUUCCUUUGUGGACAAUCGACUCUUUUGUUUAGUUUUUUUGUUUUGAUCUUCACAAGGACUCUGUUACUCUCUGCUCUCCAGGGGAAGUGCUAAUGGGGUGACAUGGGGGGGGGGCUUUUAGGCCUGGUAAGUGAAUGUUUUGUUUAGCACACUGUAGUUAAUUCUCAGUGGUACUGUCUCUUAGAGACGAAUACUAAUUAUUUAUUUAUUCCAUUAAAGAGAGCUGAUUAUUUCAGAAAAAAUAUAUGCUGCCUAAUGAAAGAAAAUGUCCUAUUUACAUUUUUAAUGUAGUGACAGGAUUAAUUAAUUCAGCACAUCCAUAAAAUAUUUCUCUUUUUAUUUAACAUUUAUUUCACCAUUUUCCUUUUCAAAUAUGUUUUCAUUUUAAAAUGUGACACUGUGUAUGUGUUGGUGUAGAAAGUAUGCUAUCAAUAUUUAAAAAAAACACUUGUUUUUGUCCUCAAGCUCUUAACUGUUUUAUAUAACUUAAGAGGACCCCAGAAAGCAACAAUUCUCAAAGGUCUUUUUAGACGCUUUGCAGAAACUAUUUACAAAGUUCAAACCUACAUAAAAAUGCACAUUUCAAUAGUCUUUUCAAGCUGCUGUCACCUUUGGACCAAAUGACUGAAGAACAUAUUUGUUUACAGAUAGUUACAUUAAAUAUUGAAAUCUCAUAAUUUAAUUGUGCUGGUUCAGAGUGAUGAUUGUAUACAUUCUAAAAUAGUUGUAUGUGUUUGCUUGUCUGCAUUUGUGUCAGUUUUCAUGAUAGAUUACUUAAAAAAAAAUGAAUGGUUGAAUUUGACCUUGUCUCUGUCAGGAGUUGGGAAUGCGUGACAAGUAAACAAGUAAACAGUCACAAGGUCAAAAACUGACUUCAGAACUGUCUUCAUUAAGGAUUAAUACAACAGAUAAGAGAUAGACACAGAAAAGGACACAUAGUUUAUGUUUAAUUGAGGAAUCAAGAUACAAUACUUUUUUCAUCCCUUUCAAAGAGCAGUUAAAUCUGUCCAACAUCCUGAAUUUGUUGUACAAGGUUUGAAUGCGGUCAAUAAAGUGGAUGAGCUUGCA